AAUUAUUAGUAUUAUUAGCUGGAUAACUAACUUAGUAAAAAUAAAAACCAACAUAACUACUAGACUGCGAAAUGAACUUUGAAAAGUACGGUUUAACCAGCACUUUGAUGCUGACUGUAUUUACCACUUGUUUUGGAUCAUCAUUUCAAAUUGGAUAUAAUCUUGCCAUUUUAAAUCAACCAGCAAAGAAUAUUGAAGCUUUUUUAAAGGAUACAAUGCCUAACAAUGAUCCUCAACAGAUAUAUGUUAUUGCAACUGCAAUAUUUGUUGUAGCUGCUGCUAUGGGAUCAUUCAGUUGUGGAUGGAUAGCUGACGGUAUUGGUCGACGCAAUGGUUUAUUAAUCAAUCACUUCUUUGCCAUUACUGGUGGAAUACUAAUUGGUCCGUGUGUUGUACUUAAACAGCCUAUUCUACUGCUUAUAGGACGAGUAGUUAUCGGUAUUAACUGUGGUAUUACUAUUGGUGUAGCUUCAUUAUAUUUAACUGAAGUUGCACCACGUGAUUUACGUGGAGGCAUUGGUGCAUGUCAUCAACUGGCAGUAACAAUUGGCAUAGCUUUUGCCUAUUUAAUAACUCUAUCACAUUUUUUAAAUCGUGAAAGUUUAUGGCCAAUAGCUGCUGCUUUAGGCGCAGUACCAGCGGCUAUUUCCCUCAUACUUUUACCAAUGUGUCCAGAAAGUCCAAGAUUUUUAUUUUUAAAAAAGCAUAAAGAAAACGAGGCGAGAAAUGCAUUUAUAAAGUUAAAUAUUCAAGAAAAUGUUGAUACAUUUUUAUCAGAAUUACAAAAAGAAAAUGAAUUUGCAAAAAGUCAACCUGCAUUUAAAUUUCAACAAUUAUUUGUGCAAAAAGAUUUACGUGUACCUAUAGUGAUUGCUUGUCUUAUACAAGUGAUGCAACAAUUAUCUGGAAUAAAUGCGGUUAUCUCUUACUCAUCUAAAAUGCUAACAAUGGCUAAAGUUCCACCAGAUUCUCUUGAAUAUUGUGUAUUUGGUAUUGGUAUAUUCAAUGUAAUCGUAACUAUCGCCGCUUUACCACUAUUAGAACGAGCAGGUCGACGUACAUUACUACUAUGGCCAUCAUUAAUCUUAGCGAUAUCUUUAUUAAUUCUUACCCUAACAGUCAAUUUAUCAGAAAAAAUCUCUGGAAAAAUGCAAGAUGUGAUGGCAAUUCUAUCGAUUGUUUUUAUCUUUGUAUAUAUAUUCGGUUUUGCAUUGGGUUUAGGACCAGUGCCUGGUUUGAUAGUAUCAGAAAUUUUUAGACAAGGUCCAAGAGCUGCUGCUUAUUCGCUUAGUCAAACAAUUCAAUGGUUAUCUAAUCUGUUAGUAUUGUUUUCAACUCCAAAUUUGAUGGAUGCAAUCGAAGGAUAUACAUUUCUAAUAUUCUUAGUCAUUGUAGUCGCUUGUUGGAUAUUCUUUUUCUUAUAUAUGCCCGAAACGAAAAAUCGGACAUUUGAUGAUAUCGCUGAAGAUCUUUCCCAUUGGCAUGCUGUCUCAUUCAGAUCAAAUAAAAAUACGAGUAAUAGUAACAGCAAUAGUAAUAGUAAUAAUAAUCCAAAUCAAAAUUCUGAUCUCAUUUUUACUCGAAAUAAAAAUUUAUCCAAUUCUCAAUCAUUAUUUCGUGUUUCACGUCAUAGAAGAGAGGAUCAAGUUAUCUACAGUUAGUCAACAUGAGCUGUCAAUCAAAUUGAUGAUAUUUACAAUAAAUCUUUUCGUGUAGAAAUGACAUAAUACGAUGUACUAUUGAUGUAUUUUAUUGAUGUCUAACUGUGUACUACUUCAUGUACUUUGAGACAACCUUUGACAGAAGUGGUAAAUAAAACUUCACUACUUACAAUUAUUUAUUGAUUUGUGUAUUUACCUAUGUGAUUUGCUCAAAAUUCUAUUCUACUAUUUGUAUUCAAUGAAGAUAUAUGUGUAUAUGUAUACGUGUACAUAAUGAAUACAAGUAAACCUAUCGAAAAUAUUCAAUGCUUACAUUGAAGUACAAUUUCAAAGCUAUGCAACACAUAUUCUCUGAAUUAAUUCCCUUACUAAUUAUUAAACAAUUUCACCUACUUUCUAACAUAAAGAUGCCUUUUCUGUCAUUGUUGGUGCUAUUGUUCCUGCAGUUGUUCUGGCUGAUUGAAUACUCGUUUAACGUCUUUCCCCUUUUUUAGCUUUUCGCUAUUGUUUUGUUUUCAUUUUUUUUUUUGAUUUCAUCUUCUUCUGAUAACAUUAACAACAAGAAGAGAUGAAAGGUACUCACUGACUACUUUUUAACAACAAGCGGGGAAUACUUUUCAAUACUCUACACUAGGGUUAUUCAUCGAAAUAUCAUCAGUGAAGAGCUCAACACAUGAAGCCAGUUGUAUUACUGUUAUUGAUAAAAUUAUUAUUAUUUCAAAGAAUGCAUAAAUGAUAUUGUUCGUGAUGGAACGGUAAGCGCAACAAAAAAAAGAGGUGAAAUGCCUUAAAUUCUUACUGUAUUGAAAAUGUUAAAAUACACAUUGUGUAUGGUGG